CCGGAAGUGGUCGCUCUCAGGCUGUGUGUUAGCUUUUGUUGAACCAGUAGAGGAUGUGUGAACAGGCAGAUAACAGACAUUUGAAGGCCUUUUAACGAUUAAAAAACGACGCUGAGACGCAGAAGAAGACCCGGGCCGAGCCGUCGAGAUGAUUUCAGCGGGAUAUGUGGGCUUUCUGUUUCUAAUUUCGUCGGUCGUAGCUGCAAAAAGCGGAGGAGACGAUGAGUGGGUUCAUCUUCCAAACAAAUGUGAAGUCUGUAAGUUUGUCAGUAUUGAGAUGAAGUCAGCGUUCGACGAGACGGGGAAAACCAAAGAAGUCAUCGACAGGAACUACCGCUUCAUCGACAGCAAGGGGGCGCCACCGAUCAAAUACGUCAAAUCAGACCUGAGAUUCAUCGAGGUUGUAGAAAAUGUGUGUCAGAGGCUGUUAGAGUACAACCUGCACAAAGAGAGAAGUGGAAGUAACCGCUUCGCCAAGGGCAUGUCCGAGACGUUCUCCACCCUUCAUGGUUUGGUGAACAAAGGCGUGAACGUGGUCAUGGACAUCCCCUUCGAGCUGUGGAACGAGACUUCAGCGGAGGUCUCCGACUUGAAGAAACAGUGUGACGUGUUGGUGGAGAAGUACGAGGAGGUGAUUGAGGACUGGUACAAAGGCAGCCAGGAGGAGGACCUGACCACUUACCUGUGUGAGAAACAUGUUCUCAAGGGACAGGACGCAGCCUGCCUGAAGGAGGACUCGACGAGGCUGAAGAAGGGCGACCAGGCGGCCAUCGCCGAGGACAAGAAGAAGAAGAAAAAGAAGAAGGGAGUGAAGAAGGCGAAGGGGAAGAGCGAGGACGGAGAGGAGGGCGGAGACGGCGGCCCGGAGGUCGAGAAGACGACGACGAUGAAGAAGAAGAAGGAGAAGAAGGUGAAGAAGAAGAAAAAGAGCAAAGCUCCGGUGGAGAAGACGGACGGAGGAGGGGCCACGUCUGAGGACGAGAUCCAGCCUCGGGUUCCUCUGACCGGGCAGAAGACGGAGCUGUAGAGUCCUGGAUCAGUUCUCUGUAAUGAAACUAAACUCUUAGUAAGAUCAUCUGCAGCUUCUUUAAAAACGGACGUUCAAUCCACUCAGUAAGAUUUUCUGCUGUUACACGGUUUUAAAUGUUUCUCUUUGUCCACUCUUUGAUUUUCAGAGUCUUUCAUGUCUUCAUUUAGCAGUUAUUCCAUCCGUCCAUUCAGACUGAUGAUUGCUUUUUCCUCCUACGAGUUUUUAAUGCUGUAAAGAAUCAAAGUAGUUUGUGUCACUGAACGGAUGCUGGAUGAAUCCACACUGUCCUCGCUCCCCUUUAAAGAGUGGGAACAUGAGGUACACUUUCUUUUGUUGUCACUGAUUUUUGUUUGUGUCUUUAAUCCUCUUAAUUUGUGUUCACUGUUUCAUUCCUGAUCGUGUGUGCUGUACAGAAGCUGCUAUUUAAGGUGUGUGUGUUCGUGUGUGUGUGUGUGUGUGUGUGUGUGUGUGUGUGUUCAUGUGUGUGUGUGUUCGUGUGUGUGUGUGUGUGAGCUUGUUGACUCCCAAGCUGAAAAUGAAGUUUCAAACGCGUGUGUGUGUUUUUACAGAUUUUUAUUCUGAAGUAAAAAGCUGGCUGUGUUGUAGCUAUCCAAGACGCUUUUUUGAAACUAUGAGCCGACCGCAUCAGUGGAUAAAUAAAAAGCUGGUUUAAAAAAAAAAAA